CUCGAUCGGGUUUCGCAUAUUUGACAAUGGAAUUAGGGGGUGAUAAUCUAGAUCAACAUUUAAAUAAAAGAGGUGAUAUGUCACCAACACAUCAGCAAAAAAUAUGGAAACAGUUGGUGAACAUUCUGGUUGCACUGAAAACGCAUAAUAUUGUACGAGAAAGUAGUUACACAAUAUAUCUUCUUCAAUUGCUAAUGUAAUUUUAUGCGUAGAUUCAUCUUGAUUUAAAACCCGCAAAUUUGGUGUUUUUCGGACCAGUUAUGAAACUGGUCGAUAUGGGUAUUGCACAAAAAGGAAAUAGUAUCGGCCUUGGUGGGGCUGGAACGCAAGGUUUUAGUGCUCCAGAGAUGUUGUUGCCAAAAGGUCGUUUUGUACGAAAUUCGUACAAGGCUGACGUAUAUUCGGCCGGUGCUAUUCUCUAUUAUAUGACAUACAGAGUGCCACCAGCUUAUCGAGGAGAAACUUCGUCAUAUCGUCCACCGCCAGGCAUCCCAAUGGUUCGUGAUAAACUCAUAAACGAUGUUCUAAAGCAGUGUCUUCAAAAAGAUCCUUCAAGAAGGCCGAAUUUACAGUGGCUGUUGAGACAUCCGUACACAAGGAACUGA